GGUGUGGGAAGGUUCUGAACGAUGUGAAGCCGUACCUGGCCAUGAUCCUGCUGCAGGUAGGGUUCGCCGGGAUGUACGUCGUCGCCGUCGCCUCCCUCAAGCGCGGGAUGAGCCACUUCGUCCUCGUCGUGUACCGGAACGUCGUCGCCACCGCCGUCAUGGCGCCCUUCGCGCUCUGGUUCGAGAGGAGCGUGAGGCCAAAGAUGACCUUUACCAUCUUCCUCAAGAUCAUGGGGCUCGCCAUACUCGAGCCUGUGCUCGAUCAGAACCUGUACUACAUGGGGGCGAACCUGACCUCCGCCGGCUUCGCGUCGGCGCUGGUGAACGUCCUCCCGGCCAUCACAUUUGUCAUGGCCCUCUUCCUGCGGAUAGAGAAGGUGCGGCUGCGGAGCUUGCACAGCAAGGCCAAGAUUGCCGGCACGGCGCUCACCGUCGUCGGCGCGGUGCUCAUGAUCCUGUACCACGGCCCCGUGGUGCCGUUCCCGUGGACCAAGGGGCAGCACCACGACGGCGGCGGCGCCCAGGUCGGCGGCGGCGGCUUCCUCCAGGGCACCCUGUGCGUCAUCGUCGCCUGCGUCGCGUGGUCGGGCUUCUUCGUCCUCCAGUCCAACACGCUGCAGAGCUACCCCGCGGAGCUGUCGCUGACGGCGCUCAUCUGCCUCAUGGGCUCCCUGAUGAGCGGCGCCGUCGCGCUCGUCGCCGAGCGCCGCAACACCCAGGCCUGGGUCAUCGGCUUCGACACCCGCCUCUUCACCGCCGUCUACGCCGGCGUAGUGUGCUCCGGCGUGGCCUACUACGUGCAAGGUGUCGUGUCGAGGCAACGAGGCCCGGUGUUCGUGACAGCCUUCAGCCCUCUGUGCAUGAUCGUAACCUCCGUGAUGGGUUCCAUCAUACUCAAGGAAGAGAUCACACUUGGAAGUGUGAUCGGCGCGGUGAUCAUCGUGCUAGGCCUGUACGCGCUCAUCUGGGGCAAGAGCAAGGACCACGAGAAUCAGGUCGCCGACGUCUCCAAGGGCGCCGCCGCGGCCGGCGGCGAGCUCCCCAUCACCUUGGCGCAGACCAACGGCAACGGCAAGCACGAGCUCGGCAACACCCGCGGCCUCGUCUUCGACGUCGAGACGCCGGCGACCAACGGCCACUACUAGUCCUUGUCCUCCUACCUACUCUUAAAGAAGCAGCAUCAGCGGGCUCCACAUCGUUGGCAGUCAGUGUUCUAGCUAGACACGUGUCAUGGCUGUCGUCCAGUCGGUCCAUAGAUCGAUCGAGUUGGAGCAUACAAAACUGGUGCGAUUUUUUCCUUCUUAAUCCCGUUCUGUUUACUUCCUCCUGAAAUUCUUGUGAGAGAGAGAGAGAGAGUGCAAGCAAGAGAGACAGAGAGAAGGACCCCUUACCUGAUGUAAUGGAUAAGGCACCGGGUUGCUUAAUCAAUCAGCAAAAAAAGAUCAGCUCUUCUGCUUACGUAGAGCUGGAAUUAAUUAACUCCAUCAGUGCCUAUUAA